CAACUGAGCACCUCCAUUUUGAGUGUUUUGUGUUCGCAUGUGACAUCAUUGGUGGUGUAUCGCUCUAUCAACCAAUGGGCCGGAAUUCAAGUAAAUUAGCCAGAGUUACAGAUAAACAAGAAACAAAAAGGCAUCAUCUUUGAAAUGAGCAUGACACAUUGAAAGACACGAUACUGUACACGCUACCGACGCACUGCGAGAUGGCCAAGGCAGUUCCUAUUUUCCUUUUACUCUGCGUGCUUGUCGCUAACGUUGUCCAGACACAGAAGAUUAUUAGCUUCACUUCCGAAUCCAGAUACAAUGCCUGCAGUGAGCCGAACGUGGCCAGGGAAUUCUUAGACACUAUUUAUCUAUCUGCGGUUCUCGAUCCGGAAGAUAAAGAUCUGAAAGAUUGGAGGCUUCUUGUGCUGUAUGAAAAGACGACGAUGGGAGAAGUUAUAGAAAAUUUCCGAUGGGUAGAUGUUUGUCCUAAUGUAGCGGACUUCAACUACACUGAAUUGUUCGGCAAUGAUGCCUUUUGUAUUAAGAUGGGUACCACGUUACAUGUCGUCUACGGCGUCGAUGUGAACCCCAUCCACAACAACUCCAAAUACUGGGUUGUCUGGGUCAACGAGAAGUCUGGUUCCAUAAGAUCAAAGCAGAUCGUUGAAAUAAAGACAGUUGUACCUGAGGAGGAGAUCCUUACAAUCAACAACGUGGCGUUGGAUUGGGCCAACCCGGAAAUAGAGAACACCUUCGACGGCAAAGUGUCUGUCAUCAAAUACUGCAUGUACCAGAUCGAUGCCCACGAGCUAAGUAUCACCUUCAGGGACAAGACGAUCACAUCGAAAGACAGCUGCGUAAGCCUGAACGCCGUCUUCUUAAAAUCGGACAUAGGCCAAAAGAUAAGCGUAGGUGUGGAGGAGACCGCGGGAAUAUGCAAGCGGAAGAGGAAACGGUACUUCUUCCUAGAACAAGGAAAGAUCGUCAUUGACAAAGCAAGUUUUUUUGCGAGAUCUACAAAUGACAAUGGGGCGCAGGAUAAUUUCGCCCUGCCUUUUACCUCAUGGCUCCUUAUCGUCUGCCUGAGUGUGUUGAACACAUUCAAAUAAUGGACCAAGAUGGCGCCUCUCAUGACAGGCUUUGUUGCUGUCUGUCCGUUCAAGUCACAUUUUUUGUUUGAAUGUAAACCAAGGACAAAGUCCUAACUAGAAUAUAUAUAUUUUAUAUUGCAGCUUUGAACAUAAUCUUUUCGGAAGCUGCAUUUAUAUCGAAUGUAGUCAUCGUCAACAAAGAUAUAAUAUUAAACACAGAAUGGCAAACUA